CGAAGGCGGCGAGGAUGGCGGCUCCGGGGGGCUCCCGGCGCCGCGGCGGGAAGAAGCGCCCUUGACGAGACUCGCGCUAUGCGCGCAGAACAAUGACUUCAGAAGAGACGUUGUGGCCUGUCCCAAUGAAAGCUAUUGGAGCACAGAACCUACUGACAAUGCCUGGAGGUGUUACCAAGUCAGGAUACCUGCACAAAAAAGGAGGAACUCAGUUCCAGCUCUUAAAAUGGCCACUGAGGUUUGUGAUUAUCCAUAAGGGAUGUAUUUACUACUUUAAGAGUAGCACUUCGGCAGCUCCUCAGGGUGCCUUCUCACUGAAGGGCUAUAAUAGGGUUAUGCGGGCAGCAGAAGAAACAACAUCAAACAAUGUAUUUCCUUUCAAGUUGGUUCACAUUAGCAAAAAGCAUAGGACCUGGUUUUUUUCUGCCGCCUCUGAAGAUGAAAGAAAGGACUGGAUGGCCUCACUUAGAAGAGAAAUAGAUCACUACCACGAGAAGAAGGAAACUGUUACUGACUUAAGUGAUUCUGGUUCAGAUGUUGACAGUUUCUAUGGCUCAAUAGAACGACCCAUUAAUAUACACUACUCUCAACAUUUAGUGGAAAAUUCAGAUUAUGACCAGGAUGAAGAUGAUGAAUAUUUGCAACCAGAUAACUCGGAUGUUAUAAAGUGUGAAGAUCAUGUAGUAUCUCCACCAGUGUACCCGCCUCCUCCGGUUCCAUCACCGGGAAAAGCUUUCUGUCCAGAGACAAAAGCACACUCAUUCUCCGGCAGGUGUGGUGUGCCAGUGCUUCCAGCGCCCUCCCUGAAGAAAAGCUUAACAGAUGUGAGGCCUGAAGUCCUCUUAAGCAGGAGAGAAUUCCCUUUUCAAUACCAAGCAGAGCAUGAUGUGAGACCCCACCCAACACGUCAUCAAAUAACUACCCAGGGUCCACCAGUGCCUCCUAUUCCUCUGGCCAAAAAGCCCACCUACCUCACAGAGAGUUGCUCUUCUUCAGGUAUACGUCUGCCGCUGACCUGCGCUUUACUUACUGCUGAAGAGAGUCAGAGGUUUAAAGAGAAAAAACUUUCUGCACAAGUGCCUCCUCCAUUGCCAAGCAGCAAGCCCAAAUUACCACAGCAUCUUGUGACUCCACUGGUAAAUACCCAGGCACCAAGGAAACCUGGACUUUUGACACCAAAAGUACCAGCUAAGCCUCAAGUGCCUUGUGAGAAACCACGUGUGCCUGUUUCUAAACUGGAGAAUCCUUUGCCUCCACAUUUAGACUCUCCUAGAAGAUCUUCUCCAGACGGACAAAGUUUCCGAGUUGCCUCAUUUGAGAAACCACUAUUGCCUUCAAAAUCAGACUUAUCUGGAGAAGAGUCCGAUGGUGACUAUGAAAAGGUUGAGCUGCCUAAUUCAGUAUUUGUGAACACCUCUGAAUCCCUUGAAGUUGAAAGGAUGUUCAGAUCAGAAAAUCCCACAGGACACCCGAAAAGUGGAUUAUUCUGUAUUAGGAAUUCAUCCACAAAACCUGGCAAGGUAUUAGUUGUAUGGGAUGGAUCUAUUAGGAAAGUGAGAAACUACAGAAUCUUUCAACAGGACUCAAAGUUUUACCUGGAGGCAGAUGUUGUGUUUCUAAGCCUUGGAAGUCUGGUUGAGCACUACGGCAGCCAUGUCUUGCCCAGCCAUCCCAAUCUGCUCCUCCAAUUUCCUUACGGCUAUUCUGGACCCAGGUGACAGAUCUACCUAAUCCACUCUCGCUCUAACACCAAGCACAGUUAUGGAAUCCUAGGACGCAACUGUUGACCUUCCCCAUUAAUGAACAGUUACAGUCUGAUUUCCCCCUCCCCACUCCCCCUGUGCUUUUCAUAAAGAGUCUGGACCAAUUACAGAAGAGGGCUGAAUACACCUCCUCUAAACUGCUGUACCACUAAGUGAAGUUGAAUGGGUCAUCUGGACAACUGAUAGAGCUACUAAGAGACAUGUCUAGAAGCAAAGUGCAGCUAAUGACUUCUUGCUGUGUGUUUUCCUGGCUGGUUUUUGACUCAUCACUGGUGCUUGACAGAGUUUUUAAAUAGUUUAUAAUUUAGCUAUAAAUAACACAAAACCCACCCAAACCACAGCAUGCUUCCCCCCCUUCAGAAUAUAAAGUUAGUAGCUUUGUAGUUUGUCUUGUCAUCCCUGUAUGUUUAGCAAUCUCUUUAGACUAACGGUUUUAAAAAUAUUUAUUAUUAAGUACAUUUCUGCACCAUAAUACAAGCCAUACAUGAAUGUGCUUUGUCACUUUUGCUUUGUCACAAUUGUGAUAUUUUAAGGGCAUUUGGAUCUCAUGAUAAUUGUCAGAGUAAGCACCAGUCUCUCUCACUCUUACACACAUCACACAAUAUUGUUGUAUUUUGCACUGCUUAAUGAGUUAAAAAGCACCUCUGUGCAAGGGUAACUGUGUGAAAAUUCAGCUGAUGCCAAAUUGUAAUUUUGGAAAAAUCUACCAGGGAUAUUGAAGUAUAUGCACUUUUUGCUAUUAACACCAAAUAGUUGAGUUAAAGAAAUGUGUUGACCAUAUGAUUAACCGUAAGUAUUAACCCAAUGAAUAAAUAGAAUGGCAACUUGUUUUUAUCAUGCAAAUUAAUGUGAAAAAUAAGGGUUUUUAAUGUCCUAUAUUUCAUUAUUUUUAUAUUGUAAGAACUAUACCAACGAACUAUGGCUCUUAUGAAAGAAGAACUCUACUGAACAGGGUUUAUAUAAAGACUUCUCAAUCUGUGAUUUGUAUUG